GACAAUUAACUACUAUGUCGAGCUAUUGUCUAGAAUCAGGAGCAUCUCGGUUAUUGUGGAGGAGGAGGACCAGAAAGCAUCUUUAUCGGUUGACAGCUUGAUCCAAGUGGACUCCAAAUUGUUGAAGCUUAAAGUGAAGAAUCAAGAUUCAAGCAUAUUCAUACCAUUACCCAUUGAGGUGCCACAAAUACCCAAUCUAUCAUCUUGCUUCAAACAAAAAAACAAUAUCGUCAGUAUACGGCUUCCCUUGGUCGAUUCAAUAGUGGAUAGGUCCACCAAUUCAUUGAUGAGUAUAAGUACAAAUUAUAAAUGGAAUUCUUCAUACCUAAGAAAAUCUGUUCAGAUUUAUCAAUUCAAUUGUUUAAAGUGUGACAAUGUAUUGAUUGAUUCAUCUCAAAUAAGCUCAGUGUUAGAUAUGCCCUCUGAAAUAUGGGCUGAAAUGAUGGAUUUUUGGCAUUGUCAUAAACCUGAAUCCAAAACCAAUUAUGCUGAUAAGUUUUCGUCAUUAAAGCCAGAGAAAGAUGGAAUAAUCAUGGGAGCCUAUUAUGUUGCAUUUAAUAUUGAUGAUGGGAUAUAUGGUGUCACCAAGGUGUCAAACAACAUAUCAUGCACCAAAUGCUCAAAAUCAAUCGGUGAAUAUGAUCCAAAAGUCAAAUUAGAUAAAGUUUUCAAUUGGGACUUAGUCUUCAAACAUCAUGGUAAGGAAGAAUUAUUCAAACCAUAUUUCCAUACUUAUGACAUACUUUUAGACAAUGUAAAUGGGAAUGCUACUAGAAUAUUAGAGUUGACAAAUGAAGAUGAAUCAAAGUCGAUAUUGGUAUGGAUCUUCAACAUCGGAUUAGAUGUCAUUAUAAAAGGUGUUGGAAUGAAAAAGAAUUGUAUGAAGCUCUACUACACCACGGAUAGAUCAAAUAUAGGUGAAGAGAGAAAGAAUAGAGGUGAGAUUGAUCAAGUCACAGUGUUGGACUCAAUUCUUGAAAGCACUAUCCUGCAAUUGACCAGCAUUAAUGAAAGGCUUCCCAAGAGCACAAGGGAAAUGGGCAAGAACUGGAAACUGGGGCUGCUUUACAAAGAAGAAUAA